AAAAGGGUCCCUAACGGCCACCAACCUCUCGGCGGCCCUGAUAAUACCCAACACUUUUCAAAACUGUUAGUCCCAUUAGUACAUUAGUACACCCUAAUCUGUUAGUCUAAAUGUUUCAAACAAUGUCUAAAUAUUUAAAAGUAUAAAAGUAUACAUGAGGGUCAUGCAAUUUCACUCAUCAAGGGUAUGUGACAUGUAAUUGCCAAUUUUCCAGACUUUAAUGCACUUUUUUAAGUCUUAAAUACACCCUAAAUUUUAAAUGGACCCAUAUUUGCUAUAUUAACCCUGAAGAUUUUUUAUUUUGGUAGGCUUGUUUUGAAGCCAACAGAUCAAUGCUUCUGUAAGUUCUGCAUUUCCUGUGAUUACAAUAUAACAGAUACAAUACAAUACACCCUUCUGGAAAGAACGUCAUCUAUUUUCUCUUAUAGCAAAUUUUGCAAGCUCUGUCACCAAAACGAGCGACACAAGACAUUAUGUCUUCCAAAAUGAGGUUUCGGUGCGUGCUAACGACGAAGUAGCAACGAAUAGAGAAAGGGACUUAAAAGCUCUGAAUGUCUCGGCCGCCUUAAUCGCGUACCACCCUUCUACUGAUGCAAGUAAGUGUUGGUCAAACUUUGACGCUUUUCUUUUCAAUCUUCUAUUUUUUAAUCUUUGAAUGGAGCAUGCACAUGUCACUUAGUCAUUCAGUUAUAAAAUACAGAUGAUUUACUUAACCAAUUACAGUUGAUAAGCUGAUGCAGAAAGUGGGAACGUUGAUGGAUAUCCGUGUCACCCCGGGAACUUGGAAGUCUGAGCGUGAAAUGAUUGGCAUCGUUUCUGAAGCUGAAACAGAAUAUUAUGGAGGUAAAGUAUGUGCAUUACAGUUGAUAGUAUCAGGGCUUUCAGCAGAGUAGGUGGCUGUGUUGAAUGUUGAUAAAGUUAAGGCAGCUGUGGGGAGUGGUCUAGGAAGUCUUAAAGUCAGGUAUAUUGAUGAAGAUAUAACAACACAACUGAUAUUUGUGAUGUUACUCUGAGUGUAUAUCCACACCGGGCGAGCUUGAAAAAUAUGCCCGGCCAUGGUGAGAUUCGAACCUACGACCUUUGGAAUACUAGCUUUGUAACCAAUUAGCCAUUCCGAAACUGCCUCCUCCACAGGCCCUCGUUGUGUCAUGGGAAGAUUCCGAAGUUGAUGAGUGGACUGGGGACGAGUGUUAAAAAGUGCCCAAAUUAAGAAAUGAACCAAAUCACUAAAAAGACCACCUCAAAAUUAGUAAGUAUACAAAGUUUGAAGACGUUUACAUGAAUAUCCUUCGAAUAAUAAGCUUUCGAAAAUCGUGAUAUUUACUAUGAAAUGUAUUGUAAUUUUUGUUUUUGGGACGUGCGUCCCAAAAAGAAUCUUUUAAUCAGCAAUUUCACAAUUUUCGAAAGCUUAUUAUUCGAAGGGGAUUCAUGUAAACGUCUUCAAACUUUGUAUACUUACUAAUUUUGAGGUGGUCUUUUUAGUCAUUUGGUUCAUUUCUUAAUUUGGGCACUUUCUAACACUCGUCCCCAGUCCUCUCAUCAACUUCGGAAUGGCUAAUUAAUAGUGUAUCACUUUUAUUCUUUAACACGAUAACUUCCAGAUUUAAUUAAAGGGUAUGGGCAAUGAAAAUUGCUUCAUCUAUCUUAUUGCUUCAUCUGAAAGAGCAUGAAGAAAUAAGCCGAUUGGCCGUUUACUGCUCUAUUCUAUCUCAUCUGGUUCCGAAGUUAUACGCAAAAAUGUGCAAAAUAUAAAUAGCUGAUUCAGCACAAUGUGUGACGUCAUAAGCUGGGUAAGUAUGUUUAUUGAAUAGUAAACUAAAGCAUAGCUGAGUUAUUAUUGGCUCAAAUCAAAUGAAAUUUUGCAUACAGAUAGUACAUGAUGAGACGCAUGGGAAAAUACUUCUACUUUCGUUGUCAAGGCAACACAGUCGUUCCCAGGCCCCUUACACUGAUUUUGAAUAACUAGUUGCAUUUCUCUGUGUGUAUGUCAUUUUCGAAUUAUUAUCAUGCAAGUAAACUUUCGGCAUGCAUAGGUAUCGUACACAUGCUUCUGAUAUUAUUUUAUUUUUAUCAGUACCUUGAACAAAGCUGUUUUAUAAAAUUGGCGCAAGGGGCCUGGGAACGACAUUGUUACCUUGGCAACAAAAUUAGAAGUGUUUUUCCAUGCGUCUCAUCAUGUACAAUCAGUAUCCAAAAUUUCAUUUGAUUUGGGCCAAUAAUAACUGAGCUAUGCUUCAGUGUAGUAUUCAAUAAACAUACUUACCCAGCUAAUGACGUCACACGUUGUGCUGAAUCAGCAAUUUAUAUUUUGCACAUUUUUUCGUAUAACUUCGGAACUAGAUGAGAUAGAAUAGAGCAUUAAACGGCCAAUCGGCUUAUUUUUUCAUGCUCUUUCAGACGAAGCAAUAAGAUAGAUGAAGCAAUUUUCAUUGCCCAUACCCUUUAAGAUGGCAAAUCUGUAAAACAGUUUUACGAAAUAGUAUGUGGUUUUCGAAAAUAACCAGGUAGAGGAAGGAGAGCAAAAUUGACACUUCAAGUACAAAACAAAGUAAUUAACCAGCGGAACCAGCGUUGAACUUUGCGGCAGCCGCCGGAGCUCCAGUGGACAAGCGAGUUCUGACCAGCAUACCAACAAUGAUGAGGCAUGGUAACUCAGAUACGAUAUAGCUUCAUCCUGGGAUAAUGCAUUUGGAGGAUUGCCUCAUUAUGCCAAAAAAUUCACUGAGUCUGUGCAACAAAAAGAUAGAAACAAGAUCGGACUUUAUCCAAGGCUCUGGACCAUAUUUUGAUUCACUAUGGGUGAAUUGCCUGCCCCUAGACAGAUUUUUGUAACCAAUUAACUAACCUACUGACCAUACUGUUAAACACCAUAAUUUUAUUUCCCAGCUGUUGCUUUCGGAGACACGAGUCGUGUGCUCAAUGGUACAGAAUUGCCAAUGGAUCUAAGAUAUGUUAUCCGGCUACCGGCUCAACGCUGGCUCACAGAUCGAACAUAUCCCUUCUUCCGUUUACGAGAACCUCAGAAGAGCACAAACAGGUGUGUAUGCAUAGUUGAUAAGUUAGCCUGUGCGCAGUCCAGGCGUAAUAAGGGGGCCAUGCAAUCGAAGUGUACGACAGCAUUUAGCUUUCAUAGAGAACGUAUGGCACCGCAUACAGUGUGAUAAACCAGUGGUGGAUCCAGCAGUUUUUUUUUUUUUUGGGGGGGGUGCUAAAAAUUUUAAAAUUUGGGUCUCUGAAAUGGCAUUUCCAGCAUUCUGAGAAAACAUUCUGGAAAAUUUUUAGAUUCGCAAAACAUUUCAAAAUUCAGAAUAUUUAAUAUUGGCUAUUCCGCUAUUGUCAACUAGUGAUACCCAACUGAAUUCCUUAACAUAAGUUGGUUAGAAUUAGGAUAAACGUCAUUUUUGCACCCCCCCCCAUGCACUCCUGUUGACCCGAGCCUGGGAGGCUGCGCACCCCACCCCCCCGCACCCCCCGCCCCCCCCGCCCCUAAAUCCACCACUGUGAUAAACUUCAAACUUGGCACAAGACAAACUCGACUUGCAACACCCUUUGACUUGGAAUUUUAAAAAAAAUAAGUAGAUUUAUACUGGCAUUUCAGUGUAUGGGAUGACAAAUACUUCCUGCAAGCUAUAAGAAAACUUGCAGCAAAGAUAUAUUGUUAAAACUUCCCUGGUAUAGUGCUUCCGAUGCAUGGCGCUGCAGCACUGUUAAGUAAUAUGUUUUUUUUCCCACAGUUUGUAUUCCAGUCGUUUUGUUUUUCUUCAAUAUGCCUUGGACGCAUCAAUUGCACAAACUAUCUCCAAUUCAAGUUCUCCACAUGCAUUUAUCCUCAAGGUAUUAACAAAACAUUUUCCUUUGGUUUUUGAGUGGAAGCUGCAUGGUCAGGUUCAAUAUAUUUCUUUGAGCUAGUUGUAACAUGGAAGGGCAGUGCAUGCAGAAAAGAUAUUGCAAUGUAGGUAGUAUUUUCCAAUAAGUGAGCCAAUAAGCUGCAUCGUGAUCUUGUUUGUGUCUGAACUACCUGAAAAAGUUAUAUCAAAUGUGGUGGCCAGUGUAGGUAGUAUUCUACAAUAAGCUGCAUGCCAUGGUUUGUGUCUGAACUACUUGAAAAAGAUAUAUAGCAAACAUGGUGAUCCAGUGUAGGUAGUAUUCUACAAUAAGCUGCCAUGGUUUGUGUCUGAAUUACCUGAAAAAGAUAUCUCAAACGUGGUGGUCCAGUGUAGGUAGUAUUGUACAAUAAGCUACUGUUGUUUGUGUCUAUUGGUAGAUUAGAAAUAUUUAUUUUUCUCUCUUCUUGCCAUUUCCAGCAAUUUCCAUAUCCAACUUAUCGUAAAGAUUACUUCAAUACAACUGUCGCGGGGUUUCUGCCACUUUUACUCACGCUGGCUUUUAUCUACACUGCUAUGAUGAUAGUAAAGGUAGGUACAGUAUUUCAAUGCCUGAUUAUUGAUGGCAUAUACAAAGUAUUCGCCAAAAAGGCGUACUUUAUAGUCGCAAACCGUGAGCUAUAAGGUAUGCAGAGAACAGCCUGAACAGACAUACCUUACAGCCGGCCAUCUUCUGCAAAUAUUCCGCAAAUGGUCUAAAAUUCAUCUUUCGUAGGAAUUGGUAUAUGAGAAACAAUGUCGUUUGAAAGAAUCCAUGAAAAUGAUGGGGCUAUCCAACUGGAUCCAUUGGCUUGCUUGGUUUACCAAAUGUUUUCUAUUUUUGUUCAUUUCUGUUUCUCUUGUCACUGCUAUCCUGUCGGUAAGGUUUUGCGUUUCAAUAAUUUUUCCUCAUAAAGAUAGGCAAUUAGCCUUUACCCAAAAGAGAUCACAGUGCAUUCUGGAAUCGUUUGGAGGGACAAAAUAUAUGGUGACAGGCGUCGAAUAUGUGAAAGAGUAGAAGCAUCUACUAUCAAAUAUCAACUUUUUAGACGACCAAAAAUGAAAUAUCUCCUUUUUACAUUAAACAUUUAAUUUAAGCGACUAGACCCAGGACUUUGGGAAAUGGCUAAUUUGCAAUAGACUUGUUUAGAACUAGCUCCUUAAACCAAGACUUAUUUCAGUCACCACUUACUUAGCGCCUUGUAUAAAUUAUCCUAAUGUAAAACUUGGAGACACAUAGUCCUGAGAACCACGGUCUUAGCUAAGUUUUAAGAUUUUGGGUGUUUCUAAGGCGUGUCCAGUACCUGCCUGGUUCUAUGUGACAUGACCAAGUACCAGGCCAAUAUCACACCGACAUUACAACGAGUUACUAUAGAGACUAUUUGGGCCAUUAUAUUUUGAUACCCAAUACAGUUGACACUAUACACGUAUAUACCUAACAUAAAACAUAGAUCACUUUACCAAUUCCCACCAACUAGAUUUUACAAACUUUCUUACGACGUAAACAGAAGUAAAUCCCGUCUGUUCUAGGGAGUAACAUUUUCUUUUAUGAACCCGGUCUUAUCUUGCCUGUUUUUGCAGUUUUGGUUGCGCUAAGACCCUGCUGAGAACUGUCUGCAUGUAUUCAUUUUAGGGAGCAAAAAUAUUGGAACAUUCCGAUGGUUCUGUUGUGUUUGUUUUCUUGUUGCUUUAUGCCGUUGCUAGCAUAUUCUUCUGUUUCGCCAUGAGGUAAGCCCAGAUUUGAGGCAUUAUUUUGGAAAUUCCUUUAUUUGUUAAUUCCUAAUCACAAACUCAUUAUAUAAUAAUUCUCAUCAUAGUCUUUUGUGACAUGGUCUGGAAAGCUCAGUAAACUUCAAAUGGUUAUAAUGAGCUGGCAGUUUAUGUUGAUCCGUAUCUUACACGAACGAACUGAAACGUUGCUAUUGGAUGAUUCGUUCAUUAUACUGAAAUACAAUGUGUUCAUUGACCAUGCACCGUGCACAAAACUGCAUAAACGCGAACAAAAAGAUAGAACAAAGACUUUAGCGGAGUUUCCAAACCAUUUUUUGAAAGACUGUGUUCUCAUGAAGCCGACCAUAUUGCUUUAUUUUGCUCACAUGAUAAUAGUGGAGACCUUGUGAAGUAUAUUGAUCCUAGGACUGGAUUAAAAUUAAUUCACCUCUCUUUGAGUAGUGAUUUAUUCGUAGAAGAUGUCAUUUCAAGUCUGACUAUGAGGACUGGACUAGAUUUCCAGUCCUCGUAUUUUGAUCCAGUCCUCGCAUUUUGAUCAAAUUACGCGGACGGACUUGAAAUCUAGUCCAGUCCUCAUAGUCCGAUUUCAGAUGUUACUUCAAUUCCUUAAUUAAAGAUGUUGAAUUUGUACAGAAAUGCUUGAGAGGUCAUUUUAGUCCUAAUGCUUUAGUUUUUGGAUAUUUUCUGAAUUUGUUUGACAUUAAAAAACAUUUUGUUGAACUUCCUCAGUAAAACUAGUGAACUAUGGUGAACGAUCGUUCUCAUAUGCUGCACCGAAACUGUGGAACGAACUGCCAGAGUAUAUUAGAAAGAGUGAGACCUUGCCUAUUUUUAAAACCAGAUUAAAGACACAUCUUUUCAAACAAUAUUAUGACUAAGUUAUUAUCUUAACAAGAUUAUUAGCAAUUUUAUAGUAUUCUAUAUAGUUGUUGUUUUAAUAUUAUCAACAUACAUAACAUAAAGUAAUUUUAUAUUCUUAACGAGAAGAGCAUAUAAUUAAUUUUUUAGUAAUUUUAUAGUAUAGUAAUUUUAGUAGUCAAUUCAUGUACUAUGUUCUAACACUUAGUAUAUAUUUUUAACACUUAAUGUUAAGCGCUAUUGAGCUAUGGGAAAUGGCGCUAUAUAAAUGAAUUAUAAUAAUAAUAAUAAUAAUAACUUAUUUUUGUUCCUGUCUUAAAGUACACAUCUGUUUGAAAUUCAUUAAAGUUAUGUUGUCUUAUUCUUUCAGUGUAGUUUUCUCUAACGCUGUCCUUUCCAUGUUGUUUUCUGGCGCUCUCUGGUUCGUCGCUUACGUACCGUUCGCAAGUGUAUCGAAUGAUAACACUUAUGAAGGACUAUCAUCGUAAGUUUACAUUGACAUAAUUUAUACCAGAGACAGAUUAUCCGUUUGUGGCUAUUUUUUCCGAAAAAUCAUGUCAACCAGAAAGCGUUCAAAAUAUGUUUCUCAAUACGCUGAUCAUUUCUAUAUAUACUUUUUCGGAACUUUUUGGAAAAAAUUUCUCAGAGAAAUUUUCUUCAAGAGUCGAACCCAACCCUCACCCACCCUUCUCUAACCUUAUUCAGCAUUUCAGCUAGGGUUAGAGGUUACCCGCGCUCCUGCAAGAGGUAACGAAGAUAUAAAUAAAUAAUAGAAAAUAAAAUACACAACCAAGUCCAAAACCCAACAUCUUGAGAUAUAUGGAUUACAGCACUCUGAUGCGAAGAGCUAACUACAAAUUUAAUAUGUGUCUUUGCUAGGAUGAUGGUAGCCAAAUCCUGUCCACCAAUGUAAAAGCGAUGUUGGCGAAGGAGGCUAGGAUAAUGUAUUUCUUGUUUCUUUCUAGUGCUUCAAAGUCUGGUAUAUGUCUGUUGGUCAACAGUUGUCUUGGUAUCGGUGCUAAAAGUUUUUCUUCGUAUGAAGAACGCGGUGUUGGCGUACAGUGGAGUAAUAUUGCCGAUUCUCCAUCACCUGACGAUGAUUUUAGUCUUGCUCAAGUCUUUCUUAUGUUCAUUGUUGAAAUCAUCAUAUAUGGCUUAUUUGCAUGGUGAGUCAGGACUGUGUAUGCGCUUGCAAUCUGGGCUGUGUGAUGGAACUAAACUUAAUUUAUAUAGUGAAUACAGACCUAUUGGUACGUGGUUGAUGGUGAUGGUUGGUGAUGAUGAUGAUGAUGGUAGUUGGUGAUAAUGGUGGUGGUUGAUGAUGGUGGUAGUUGAUGAUGAUGGUGUUGGUUGGUGGUUGUCGUAAUAGUGAUGGUGACGAUACUGGUCAUGAUACUGGUGAUUAUGAUCAGCCUGAUUUUUAACAACUCAAAUAAAAUCAAUUCCUUGACAUCUUCGAUUCCUUGACAUCUACUACCAACAGCCGAGAUAUCAGUCUAGACAGCUAAUUUCCCUGUUUUUAAAGUACCAUCUCCCUAUUUGUCAAGGUAUUAUGAAGCAGUAUUUCCUGGAGAUUAUGGUAUCCCUCACUCACCAUGGUUCUUUGUUACCAAAUCAUAUUGGUGUGGCACAUCUACCAGCAAAGUUGACAGUAGUCAAGAACCUGCUGUAAGUUUGUCUUCGUGAAACAUAACUGGAUAUCUCAGUAUUGUAUCUUGCAAAGUCUCCAGUGUUUGGUUGAGUCCAAGUGGAAGCACCAGACUCGUGUGAAUGAGCCAAGAUUAUAAUCAGAAGUCAAAAUUAUGAUCAAAGGAGACUUCGAUGAUUAUCCCUCACAUGCCCUGUUCACAUUUCUCUACGGAACGUAAUUCUGCCAUUUUUGGCAGUGAGUUGUCUGUAUGGAGUAGGGUCAAGAGUUGUGUUUUUUCCUGCAGGCAUUGUCCAAUCUUCAUCUGAAAAACCCGGACUACGAAGAGGAGCCCACGGAUCUGGAAGUUGGAGUUUCCGUUUGUGAUUUGAGAAAGAUUUUUAGGGUACGGUAUGCGAAUUGUUGGUAUUUUACAUUUUAAAAAGAUAAUUCUCAAACUGACUCGUGGGCAAAGCCCGAAGGAAGUUAACACAAUAGCCUUGUUCUGUUACCACCCUAAUGCCCGUCCAUAAAUUAAGUCUCCUCCUCUGUUUAUUUUCUUCUUACCUCAUGGUUCGUUCGCCAAACAUGCGCUCGUGACCAAUAUGGUUUCAGACCCUGAGAGCUUCAGGUCUGAAACCCUCAGGGUCUGAAACUCUCAGGGUCUGAAACCAUAUUAGGAAUAGUGGAUUUGCGUUGGGUUUUUGUUGGCGCAAAACGUACCAAAUCAAAAGUUAUACAUGAAGUAUUCAUACGUGAACUACUUGUCAUGAGAUUCUGGAAUAACUAGUUUGGCGUUGGGUUUUGUUGGGCCAACAGAAAACCCAACGCAAACACGCUCUUCCUAAAUCGCGACAGGUAUAAAGUUACAUAACAUACAUCAUUCAGUCGUACGCCCGCAUUCUAAAAGCUCACUCACACUCAAUGAGUGGAAGUUCAAUCUGAACUUCUCUCGAGUGCCAUUGCUGUUUUUGAAUAGCGGGAGUGCUAGUGCCGUACCUUAAUACGUGACUACUCACCCUACAGCUAUUCAAAAACAGCAUUGACACUCAAGAGAAGCUCAGAUUGAACUUCCACUUAUUGAGUGUGAGUGAAUUUUUAGAAUACGGGCAGUAGAGUGUUUUGUACGCUAAUAUAUUACUUCAUAUAUUGAAAAGUGAGCAGGAAAAUUAACGUGUUAUCUUCUGCACAUCAUAUAGAGUUCCGUAGGUAAAAAGGUUGCUGUGGAUCAUUUGUCAUUCAACAUGUUUAAAGGACAGAUUACUUCCUUACUUGGACACAACGGAGCUGGUGUGUAUCCAACCUGUAUAUUGCAAGAACAUUGCUUAACCAAAUGUGAUCUUGAACUUACCCUGAACUACUUUGAACUUACCCAUUUUAUAGGUAAAACAACAACGAUGUCAAUUUUGACUGGUCUCUUUCCUCCAUCAUCUGGGACUGCUUACAUCAAUGGCUACAGUAUACUCACGGAUAUGGAGCGAAUCAGGGAUAGUUUGGGUCUCUGUCCACAACAUAAUGUUCUCUUUGAUAAGCUCACUGUGAGGGAACAUUUGAAAUUCUUUGUUAAUCUUAAGGUAGGUAGUUGUAUUUAAAUGGUUAUAUUGAGCUCCAAUUACCGAAUCAUGAUGGUGGUGAUUAUGAUAGUGGUGAUGAUGAUGGUGGUGGUAAUGAUGGUGGUGAUAUCAGAUGGUGAUGAUAGUGAUGAUGGUGCUGGUGGUGUUGAUGAUGGUCGUGAUGGUGAUGUUGAUGAUGGUGAUGAUAGCGAUGAUGGUGCUGGUGGUGUUGAUGAUGGUGAUGAUGAUGGUGAUGAUGGUGCUGGUGGUGAUGGUAGUGGUGUUGAUGAUGGUGAUGAUAGUGAUGAUGGUGCUGGUGGUGUUGAUGAUGGUGGUGAUGAUGGUGCUGGUGGUGAUGGUAGUGGUGUUGAUGAUGGUGAUGAUAGUGAUGAUGGUGCUGGUGGGGUUGAUGAUGGUGAAGAUGAUGGUGAUGAUGGUGCUGGUGGUGUUGAUGAUGGUGAUAAUGGUGAUGAUGGUGGUGUUGAUGAUGGUGAUGGUGGUGAUGGUAGUGGUGUUGAUGAUGGUGAUGACAGUGAUGAUGGUGAUGGUGAUUUUGUUGAUGGUGUUGAUAGUAAUGGUGCUGAUGAUGAUAAUGUGAUGAUGGUGAUGGUGGUGAUAAUGACAGCCGCUCGUUUUAUGAAAUAUUCUCUUUAAAGUAGAUUUCAACGAUAGAAGUUUCUCUGACCGACAUUUGGCAAUAUUUCAGGGUAAAUUUGGACCAGAAGCUGAACAAGAGAUUGAUUCAAUGAUUGUUGAUAUUCAGCUUGCAGACAAAGCAAACUGGCAGAGUAGAUUGUUGUCUGGUGGGAUGAAACGUAAACUGAGGUGAGUAAUACACCAAAUCAACCAAGAUUGGUGUAAGCACUUUGCUACCAGAUAAAAGCAUAUAGCUGGUGAAAGAUCAGAAUUAUAAGGCGAUGGUUUUAACUAGAAUCUUAAAAUUCCAGUUGUCAUCUAAAAUUCAAGUCAGUGGUCACUAAAAUAUUUUGUAAGAUGUGAAUUCCAUAUUCCUGUUUCAUCGUUUGUCAGCUAUCAGUUAAGAUAUUUCGUCAGUAUAAGAUACGAGCAUAACGCGGAUACCAUUUCUUCCUUUAGUUGCGCAAUUGCUUUGAUUGGUGGAUCUGAGAUCGUGUUCCUCGACGAACCCACUUCCGGCAUGGAUCCAUAUGCCCGCAGAGCGACAUGGGAUCUCUUACUAAAGUAUAAAGCUGGAAAAACUAUCAUUCUUACAACUCAUUUCAUGUAAGUGAGCUUCUAGAAUCUGAAUGACGCGCUGUCCUUUGGUACAUUUAGUGCAUUUCCCUUCUCGAUCUAGUUUACCAUUAUAAUUUCUCUUCAACUCCAUGUGGAAGAUGAGCGCUCCCGGUUUGAAUAUACUAAGCUAGGUUUUCUCUGGGUACAGUGGUUCCCCCUGUGGUAACACUGAAAGAGCAAGGGAUUGCCUUUACUGGAUCUCCAGGGAAAAUAAAUUAGAAAUGAUAAAGCUAUCCACUAAAACAGUUAGUUUUACCGUCCAUGUUAGUAAUUAUCUUGAGAAUUAAACAACCAUAUUGUUCCCGCAGGGACGAAGCAGAUUUUCUUGGUGAGAGGAUCGCAAUCAUGGCUGACGGACAGUUGAGAUGUUGUGGGAGUUCUUUAUUCUUGAAAAGCAGGUGGAUCUUUUAUUAGUUGCGACCAUACUUUUCUAGAGUGCCGCUAUUAUUUGCAACUGCCUCGCUAUUCUAUUCGAUUAAAAGCAAAAUAAACCUGACUAAUCAUUUUUCCAGGUAUGGCGUGGGAUAUCGUUUAACCCUCGUCAAAGCUGCCGACUGUAACGUAACAGCGACGUCAAGUUUGGUUUACAAUCAUGUUCAAGAUGCGAGAAUGGUCAGUGAUGUUGGUGCUGAACUUGCAUUUGUUCUGCCAAGUCAAAGUUCCGUGGGCUUUGAGCCUCUGUUUCGAGAACUGGAAGGUAAGAGUGGUCGGGUGUUUAAUGAAAGAUAAUGGUGGUUAUGAUGGGAUCAUGGUAGUGUGAUGGUGUUGAUCGUAAUGUGGAUAGUGGUGAUGAUGAUGGUAAUUUUGAUGAUGGUUGUGAUGAUGGUAAUAGUAAUGAUAGACCUGCUGGUGAUGAUGUCGUAAUGGUGGUUUUGAGAUGAUGGUGAUUAAGACGGUAGGGGUGGAGUUAUUUAUUGUGAUGAUGGUGAUCACUGCCUGGUGGUGGUGGUGAAGGGUAGUCCUUCCUGGUAGUGCUGAAAAUGGUGGUGGAGAUGAUGAUAAUGAUGGUGGUGAUGGUAAUGUAGGUGAUGUACCAGUGAUGAUGAUGGUGAUGAUCAUGGUUACCAUUAUGAUAGGUGUAAUGGUGAUGUUGAUGGUUCUAUCUUUCUUUGUUUUGAUCAUACAGAAGGCAAAGAGAAACUGGGCAUCAGUAGUUUUGGUGUGUCAGUCACGACUUUAGAAGAUGUGUUUAUUAAAGUGGGGGAAGGAAUGGAACAUACUGUUGAUGAAGUGUAAGUAUAUAAUAGAUUACCCCCAAUAGCCUGUUUUAUCCAAGAGGAAUCAUCCGGCCUAUGUGGCUCAAACUAGCUGUUGUGACGACCUUUUGAGGUAAAACAACUAUUCCUGCUCUAUAUGAUAUCUUUAGCAUUUUAUGAACCAAACCACAUUCGUGUUAGAUUACCCCAUCUUAUCUAGGAUAAUUAUCAGUGACCCAUUUGUGUCUGGUUAUUUUUCAGACGUGAAGCAAAAGAGGCUGACACUCAUAGUCUCGACAUUCUUGCUGAUCCAACAUUACAACUGGACCAUUCAGGUUGGUCAUGAAGGCUUUCCAAGAGCCAGCAAAGUAACUCCCUACAAUUCCAGUGACAGACAGUUAUUUGUGUAUUUUUAUCUAAUGCAACUACAAGGUGUAAAAGCUCGGAAAAAGCUUCUGGUGUCAUACACAAUCUCUAAACUCUGCCAAUUUUAUUUAGAACUGAUGACCGGCAUUUCGCUGAAGAUCCACCAAUUCAAGGCGAUGUUCAUGAAGAGACUUCUACAUUCCAAGCGAAACAAAGCAGCUCUUUUCACUCAAUUCCUUCUUCCCUUAAUGAUGACCUUGCUAGGUCUGGCCAUUGCUAAAUCUGUGAAACCGAUUUCAGACGAACCUUCAAGAAUGUUAGGUUUCAAGAAUUUGAGUGUGGACAACAAACUCACGAAUUCCAUGUUUGCAAGCUUUUCCUCAAAAAGCAAUCUCACGUUUCAGGUAGUUUGCUUUAAAUGCUUUUAGUCAUAGAUGAAGUUUUGGAAACAUGACAGAAAAAAUAUUUCACAGCACAGUCAGAACAUUUUCCCAAUGUUAUUUUCGUUGCUGUUUGUCGUAAUGGCCCGCCUUCGGGAAACAUGGCUAGGAAACAUUGUCUCCUGGUUUGCUUAUCUAUGGGAAACAUGGCUAGGAAACAUUGUGUCAUAGCCACUGAUCUAAUAGUAGAGGUCAUAGCCAAACUUCAUGAAAUAUUUGUAAGAGACAAUGUCUAUGGGCAGGAGACAAUGCUUCUUGUUUUGUCCACCUUCGGGAAACAUGGCGAGAAAACAGUGUCCCCCCCCCCCCUCCCCCUACUCGCUUAGGAGUGUCUAACGUUUAGCAAAUCAUUUCCCUCCUCAGAAAGCUUAUAGUUACCUGGAAGAAAAGCAGAAAAACAAACUGUCGGAUAUCACCAAUGAACUGCGCACACUCAAGAAUGAGAACAGUGGUAGCACAAUUUACAUUGACAAGGAAAACAAAACUGCGAUGGAUCCUAACAACUGUUGUGAAAUGCCCUUUCUGAUCAUCAACGAGAAAUGCAGAAAACAAGUAAGAUAUUUUUGAUUCCCUAUUUUAGAAUACGCAGUCUUCUGGUUGUCUGGAACGCGGAUCAACUUAUGAUUAAUUUUAUAUUGUAUAUUAUGUACUAUUUAAAACACGAGUAAGAGUGUUUUAUCAGAUAUAAAACGCGAGGCGCAACCGAGUGUUUUAUAUCUGAUAAAACACGACAACGAGUGUUUUGAAUAGCUUAAAAUACGACUACAAAAGAAUACUAAUUAGGAUGAACCGUAAUAUAAUCAUGCUAAUUAAGAUGAACAAUUAUAUAAUGCCACAUGUGUUUUAUCAAAUAUAAAGUCACUCCACCUGAUGUAUUAUGACUGACAUGAUUUGCCACAAGGUUUACGAAUUAUUAAUGAGUAUUUUAAAUUCAUUAAUUAAGUGGUGGGUUUUAGUAGGUGAUUCUUGCCACAGUGGCCUAUCGGCUGCAAAUUUUGUGACACUAACAAGUUAUCAAACUGAUUGUCAUGCUAUAUUAAAAGAAAAAAAUUCCACGGACUGAGAAUCUCAUAUACUUUCAGGAAUAUAACAUAAAAGUAAUUUAGGUAACGUGCAUCAGGGUCUGAUCCUAAGGUAAAUUUACAGAUGCCAAAAAAAUGGAUACUAUUAGGGGGCACUGCUAGGGUGAUCUGGUGCUCCCCCAGAAAGUUUUGAAAACCAAGUGUCUCAGAUUGACUAAAAAUGCAUUUCUGGGAACUCAAAAAUUUUCUGGGUUAAAUGGUCCUGUGGUCCGAUAUUUUUUCCACCCCUGGUGCCCAUGGUCGCAUUUUUUGCAGGUGCUUCUGGUUAGGUGUAAAUAAGUAUAUAAAAUUUACACUCAAUACCUUCAUCUACAAAACAACAGUAGUUCAAUCAAGUGAAAUGCCCCCCAAUAUCCUGAUAUUUCCCCUCAUACCUCACCAUGGCUCCUGACCUUAGCAUAUAUACAGCUCGAAACUGGACUCAGUAGCUCGGUUGGUUAGUGCGCUGAGCAAUGUAACUUGAAAUAUAUAGCUUGUAGAAUGCUUAAUUUUUUUAAAAUUAUUAUAUUGUGUAGUUAGCGCCUAACAACAGAAAAUGUACUCCAAAGGGUUACAAGGAAUGUGUCGACAAAUGCUUAAAGUAAGUCAGCUUUUCGUCUGUUUGUUCUCUUUGUUUGAUUUCAGUACUUCAUGUAGGAAAUUUAUUGUUUUCACUUUUCACUCAUCAGUCAUUCCCUUGUCGAUUCAUUCAUUGCAUGUAUUGAAUCACGAUAUAUAUUCAACUGCAGCUAACGCUGAUGUUUUGAAUCUUUUGCUAUGUAGCCUAGAGUUCACCGUGGGCCCGCGGUUGUUCGACAGCCAGUUAUAGCUUAACCCUGGGUUCGCCUAAAAUUCAAAGCAAACUUUUCAACAGCUUGUUCAUAAGCUUGGAAAUAUUUCUUCAGAAAUCUUGCGUGGGGUCAAUAGGAGGUUUUUUUCUGACGUCUUUGUAAUAAGUAUAGGUAAUCAUGCGAUGGCGAGCGCAAUUAGGGAUUAAUAGUACGAGUGAUGUUUGGAAAUUUUGCCAAAAUUGGACGAGCCGCUGGGGCAAAUUUCCAAACAUCACUCGUACUAUAUUAAUCCCUAAUUGUACAAGCAUGACAAAAUUGGAUACUUCUCAAUGUCAACAUCAUUCUCUCGCCAAAUCCCAGUUCUGCCACACUUUCGACCAACAUUUGGUGCUUUUGUUCGUAUUUUCAUUUGUUCUCUUUUUUUUGGUAAAGCAAAGUUGGUGCUUUUGUUCGUAUUUUCAUCUAGUUCCUCUAGGGUAAUUUCAUUUCACAUUUGUGUUUAAAAUACCUUUCCGCCAUUUUGUUUGUUUUGAGAAAAUCAUUAAAUGUACUGCAGUGCAAUUAAUGAAAUAAUUGUACUCCUCUCAAGCAAUCAGCAUCCAGUAAUUUUGUCAUGCUAAUAAUAAACAGAGAUACAAAAACUAAAACGGCGGAUUAACUUUUAAUCCAGGCUAAGCGCUAAUCCUGCUUUGAAGGGCCUGUUCAUAUGGGCCAACGAAAUCCCAAAGUAACGAGGGUACUACUUUCAGAAAUCAGCUUCAUGAAGAUAUUAAAAUAUUUGAUCUAUUUACAAUUUCAGCGAAGAUUCGUCUAGCGCCGUUUGUCCUCAACAUCCAAAUCAGACGAAGCCUGAUGAAUGGGAGACGAUAUUUGCGGAACAUGUGUUAAGAAAAAGUAAUCCUGGCGAAUAUUUCUUUGAAAAUAUUGCUGGAUUUUUGAUUACUGAUGAUAAAAAAACAAAUCAAUUAGUUUAUAACACCUGGUUCAGCAAUGAGGUAAUUAGCGAUUGUAAUUAAUAGAGUAGGUAUAAUUGAUUGAUUGGUUAAUUAUCCAUUAAUUGGGUUAUUAAUUGAUUCUGAUUGCUGAUUAUUGUAAGUAGAUGAUAGCAGAUUAGAGCGCCGCACCGGAAUCAUUGACUUGAUGACUAUCAACUGUCUUUUUAAAUUCACAAACGAAACAACUGUUCUUCUUUCUAGGCUCUCCAUACCAUAGCAGACAGUAUAAACGUCAUGAGUAACUUGAUUUUAAGAAGUAUAAACGACUUUUAUGAAAUCAAAGCUUAUAACCAUCCUCUGCCUUACAGCACAGAAGGCAAGGUAGGCACUAAACUAAAUUUACUUCAUUUUUACUGAUAUAUUCUCUUUUCGCUGCGAUUUCUACUGCGAUUUCUGCUUCUGAUGGAUGUGAACGAGUAGAUGAGUUAUAAAUGUUCUGAGUAUAUGUAUCCUCAUCAGAACAUUCACAACUCAUCCACUCGUUCACAUCCAUCAGAAGGAGAAAAUCACGCUUAAUAAAUAAUAAUAAUAAUUACAUUUAUAAUGCGCAUAUUCCAUUUGGGAUAUGUUCAUAUGCGCAUGACAAUUUGAUACGUAGAAUAUAAAAUUAGUUAGAACUAUUUAGUUAAAAUUAUUCUUUAAAAUUAACCUAAAUUACAAACUUUAUUUACACAUAGGAUUUCUUAAAUAAGUAUGUCUUUAAAAGUCUUUUAAAACUGUCAACAGAGCUAGCCUCUCGGAUAUAUGAAGGUAAGGAGUUCCAAAGCGUGGGUGCCGCAGAGGCAAAUGAUCGAUCACCUAACGUGGCCAAAGUCUUCACAGAAGGUGGCUCAAGAAGAAUUUCUCUGUUCGAUCUAAUAUUAUAGUUAGAUGGAGACUUAAUAUUUAUUAGUUCAAUUAAGUAAUCAGGUGCCAGCCCAUGCUUACGCAAAAAUUGAAAGUGUAAACGGGCCUUUAGAGCUGGCCAUAAACUGGAUGUAGACAAAUUUAAACGUUGAAAUAGUUAAAAUAUGAGCAGCCGAUCUUUAUCUGAUAUAAAAACUCGAGUCGAAAACGAGAGUUUGUAUAUCAGAUAAAGAACGGAUGCGAAUGUUUUAACGUAAUUAAAAAACGACCCAUCUGAUGAGUUCAUUGGCGAAGUAAUUUUAAAAAUACAUAUUGUCUAAGCCGAGAGAAUCAAAGCUGAAGUUUAUGUAAAUCAGGACAAAUCUUUAUCCGAUUUACAAACAUUGAUUAAACAUUCAUUUCUUUUGUAAUUUCCUUAUGAUUAUUAAUGAGUUUUUACCGAUUGUGACACACGCAUGUCUUAACCGAGAGCUGGAAACUAUAACACCGCGGAAAAACGUCUGCGCAUGCGUCAACCUUACCUGUAAUAGUAUUGCAAACUUGAUGAGAAGCUGUUCCGAACGUUUCCGAAGGCUCAAAAUGGCGGUAAAAAGGAGUGACUUCAUUGUGCGUCUUUACAGCCAGAUCUCGAGCGCAAAAAUAAACAUGUCAUUCUAAAAACUAGGAAUAAAUACAGCCAGAAGGUUCAAGAAAUUGUAUUGUACAAGAACAUGAACUAAAGGUGAUUGUUGACAAAUUUAUCGUCCGAAACAUUUUGUUUAUCAACUAAGCAACGACAAUUUCCGAAUUUUCGUUUGAGAUACAUUUCUUUAAAAAAAACUGUGUUCACAAUAAAAAAUUUUCGUGUUCACAAUAAUUAAACUUUAGGAUUUAUUCUACAAUUUGAGUGGGUUAAGAAGCUUAACUUUUCGAGAGUUUUCUUAACUUUUUAGUUUGAAUUUUUGUUUUGAAUGAUUUUGCAAAAAUUUUCGAAGUCGUGUCCGUUAAAAUCGACAAUUUUUUACAUGAAUUAUAUUUCAUUCCAUACUUUAAAUGGCAGGACGCUUUCAAUUAAUGUCUAGUCUACCCAUUUGCUAUAUUUUCUCGAAUGUUUUACUAAUUUUUGACCAAUUAAUAAGCAUGUUUUUGUUUUAAAAAUUGAUAUUCAAAUUCCCCGCCAUAUUUUCAUAAUUUGGUGCAUGCGCAGACGUUUUUCCGCGGUGUUGAAAACUAUGGAUUCAGGAACGGUUUCUCGGGGUAUUUCAGCUACCUGUUUGGUUGAGUCAAACUGGAAGUACUCAAGCCAUGUGUACAUUUUCUAAAUAAAUGCUUGUGUAACCUUUCUACGCGCUGAGAUAAUUCUGUUAUUCGUUUCUCUAAGGCUGACAACGUGAUCGGUGAUUUUUCUGCGCUGUUGCUUGCUAUUUUCAUCAACUUUGGUAUGUCCUUCUUGGUCGCUAGUUUUAUCACAUUUCUAAUUCUGGAACGCGAAUCCAAGGUAAAUAUUGUUGUUUACAUUUAAACAGACUUCAUGCAAGCGAACUCCAUCAGUUCUAAACUGUUCUGCACACACCUUCGUUUUACAGCCCUAAAAUUGAAGGGUGGGAUGGCUAGACCAAUGUUCAAUCAUCUCAUUGAAUGCCUAAGUGCGCGGUAGAGCGUUUUGUCACGAUUUUCUUCAGACCUUCGUUUUGCCAGCCAUCCCUCCCGCGAAUUUUAGGGUUUGCUCUCAGGCUACAUACUUGAAAGUCCAUUUAGGGUCGUGAGGUUAAAUUAUAAUCAGACAACUGAAAUAUAAUGUUUGGGAUCGAAUCCCGACUACAAAAGUAGACCAUUGUGGUAUCUUCAAAGUUUAUAUUAUAGUGUGAUAAUAAAAUAGAUACGAUUACCGGGGGGAGAUAGGUAAUGUCAAACUGCGGUGGUACUGGAUUAGUACUAGUCUUUUAAAUUAUUGAUUUAUUGUUUUGUAGGCAAAGCAUAUCCAGUUUAUCAGCGGAGUGGACACAGUGAGUUUCUGGUCGGCUACAUAUUUAUGGGAUUUCAUCAACUACAUGAUCCCAGCAACCAUUGUGAUUUUCCUCAUUCUGAUGUUUCAACUUGAUGCCUUUUCUGACACUGAAACUGUUGGAUCUAUUUACUUUUUGUUGGUAAGUGUCGUGGGCGCCUGUAGCCUUCCUUCUAUCCACACGCAUUAAAGGAAGGGAAAUACGUAGCAAACAUAGAUAUGUUGCUACCGUGUGAGUAAGUUGUUUUGUGUGUGUUUGUUAGUUUGUAGUUACAUUCCGGUUAUGAUUGAAAUUUCCUUAUAGAUCCUUCAAGGUCUUUCCGCAAUUCCGUUUGUCUAUUGCUUCUCGUACAUUUUCAAGACUCCACUAAUUGGUUAUUCCAUAACUGUUUUGGUUCUGGCCUUCCUUAGUCUGGUAAGCGUCCCAUACUACUAACUACAUCGUAUUCUAGAAAUUUUAUAUUUUUUCAACAGUGAUAUGCUGGCGAUUAUUCAUCAUUCCCUUUAUUCCAGGGACUGCUUAUUGCUGUCUUCGUACUGGACGCGUCCGAUGAAGCUGAUGCUGCAGAUGUCCUCAACUAUAUAUCCUUACUCAUACCUACUUAUGCGUAAGUCGAUUACAGAAUUUGUGACGAGUCCGGAGUUUGUGUUAUCAACAAAACUUGUUUAUCAAGGCUUGGGUUGAUACUACAAACUGAUGCUUUGAUACUUCUCCAUCUCAUGAGAAAACCGAUUUCAGUAAUUGUGUUAUUUUUUAUUUGGAAGAUGAAACAGCGGCCGCUUGUUGGAAGCCAUUUGUGUUGUGAUACAAUUUUUUGGUUUUGUGAUUUGGGUCUUUAUCACACGCAAUGAUGACACAGGCGCGACAUCCGUGUCCGUUUGCAACGAAUGGUCUUCACUGACUUGUAUUUACGUUUGUUUUAGGUUUUCAAGCAGUUUCCUUGAACUGAACAAGAAUUAUGGUUUAAGAAAACAAUGCACCGCAUCUAAAGGGUAAGUUAUCUCUAAACUGUGAGCUACUCUGUUUUACUGAGCACCGUAUCACGCAGUAGAUAUUGCUCAUCAACAGGCAGUUUGCAGAGUGAGAAAAUAAUGCUAAUUAUUAUUAUUAUUAUUAUGAGCGUUUGAUGGCAAAUAUAUAGAACAGAGAGAGAGAGAUUUGGUUUAAUGUUUGUUUUUUCUACAAUUUUUUUUUUAUUUAGCUUUGCCAACUAGGGCAGGGUCACCACAACAGCAUAUGCCAAUUACUGUGGGCCCUUUUACCUAACCCAGCCUGUCAACUUUCUCUGUGGGAGGAAACCGGAGUACCCGGGGAAAACCAUGCACGACUUUCGGCAGAGCGUUGACUUUUACGCUUUUCACAUGAGGACUGGGUUCGAGUCACAUUGAGAAAGUUCUCACUGAGGCUUGAACCUGCGGCCUUAGAGGUGAAAGGCAAUAUAUUUUUUAAGGUUUGAAUAAUGCUAAUCGUUAAAAAUUUGCGAAGCAUGGCUAGCUUCGCCAUUGGUGUGAACAUUCUGGAAGGGUAGUUGUCUCGUACGCCUAUAUGGAUACAGGCUAGAUCCUAAUCUGGUGAUCUACGCUUACAUGUCUUGUUUCUGUUUACUGAAACAUAAACUGUUUUAUCUUUUAAUAAUGUCCAUUGUGUUAAUUCAUAUACAGGGCUGAAAUAUAUUGUGCUAAUCUCGGCUUCAAGUACACUGAUCACGCUUUGAACUGGGAAGACUAUGGCGUUGGCAAGCAAUGUCUUUAUAUGGCCAUUGAAGCAGUUGUCUACUUUGCUUUGUGUUUACUUUUACAGGUUAGUGUAUUCUACUUCUUCAUGAUAUAAACUUUAAAACCCCAGUCACGCAUUGUUACAGGGGACAUUUCAAGAUCUAAAUCGACAAAAUAAAGGUUCGAUGUUGAGUGUCCAAAUAAGUUUUAAUUUAACUUAACUUAACUCAAAAAUAAAAUACAUGAUAGUGUUAGAAAAGCAUUGAACGUCACAUGCACUUUCAUCUUCGCUUGCUCGGGGCUUAACUCUCUUCCAUAUUUGCCGUGGUUUGUGUGUGAACUACGUGAAAAGAAUCUAACUUUGACAUUUCACGUAGAAGGCUCAAGUCAAGGGUUAGUAUUCGCUCGACGAAGCGUCGAAGUCUUUUUCAGGCGGUUCAGAAACGUAGCACGACAGUUUGUUGUGUAGAAUAGUACCUACACCAGAGCCCCAUGCAGUAACGCUUUCUUGUCCUAACAUGGUAUAUAAUGAUGCAAUUUAUAAGUAGAAUAAGUCCACAUAAUUUUUCACUGUGUAGGUGAAUUUCUUCGUCAGUGCUCGGAAACAGGACCAUCUUGCCAACACAACUAGCGAUGGUACUCCUGAGGUAUGUUUUAAUCAUAAUGCAUGAAUAACUUGAAGGCAACAUAACUUAGAACAGUACUUUGGUGAAAUAAUGGUUAGGAACACUAGAAAAAUAAAGGACGACUCUACUGUUUUUCUAAGGGCCGGUCAUUAUUUAUGGCGGGGGGUGGCACAAAAGAGAAAUGUUUUGCUUGGUAAAUAUUUUGCUGAUCCAACCAUUAAAAAGUCCAAAAAAAUAUUUUACCCAACCUCGAAUAUCAAUUAAAAAAUAAAUACCCACCCCUGACCAAAAACUUAUACAAAAAAAGGAUACCAGUGAAUUUGCAAUUUUCUGCAGUCUAAAGUUUCAUGUUGUCUGUACAUGUACUUUCUUUGGAGACCAUGGUCAAGAUAGUAACUCUGACUAAUUUACAUAUUGCAGUGAGACAUGCCUGUUCACAUUGCGUUUUAGUCUUUUUGUUUAAUUUAAUCUUAUUUUGUUUACCCAACUCUUUUUCUCUUCGGUGCCACAACCCCCACCCCCCCCACCCCCCAUAAAUAAUGACCCCUCCCUAAGGUAAACAGUUAAGUGCUGGUAGAUCUAGCCAGUACUAAUAAAGUUCAGUUUAGGUUUCAUUUUGAAGUAACACUGGACUAAUAUUGGAUGAUCGCUAUCGGAUAAUAACGGAGAACAGUUUCGAACUGAUAGAAAAACAAUAAAAACGUGAAGUUAAUCUGACACUCAUUUUAACUGACUGUUAACAAGAUAUUGUAGGAAGAAGUUAUUUCGCUGACAUUUCUUCAAGAUUGGUUUAGAAACAAACUUGGAAUAGGGUUAGGUUAGGGUUAGAGUUGGUGUUUGGAAUAGGGUUAGUGCAUGUUAAUAUAAAACCGUCGCUUUGUUACGUUUUGUCACUCUGAGGCCAGCGAAAUAACCUCUUCCGAUAUUGUAUGUAGGACUCAGAUGUCGCCGGUGAAAGAGAUCGUAUCAAUAAUUUGAAUCUCGAUACCCUGGAACAGGAAGCCAUUGUUUUGAAAAACCUCACAAAGGUAAGCAGGCCUUUGUUCAAGCACGUAGAUUGUGGGUAACAUUAGACUUUUUACAUUAGAGAUAUUAGACUGUCUUGAUGUAUUUCUAGGUGUAUCCUGGAGCAACGCGUACAGCUGUGGAUAAUCUCAGUCUUGGUGUGACCAAAGGGAACUGUUUUGGAUUGCUUGGGAUAAAUGGUAAUUUGUACCUCAGUAAUUAUGCUAACUAACUGUUAUUCUUGAACCUGGCAUUGUCCACCAGUCUUGCCAUACUCGCCUUCUCUGCAAUGUCUACCACUCCACAUCUUCUCAUUUCUUCAUUCCAUAAUGUCUUUCUGACUGACUCUCUCCUUAUCUUUUCUUAUUACAUGUCCAUACCAUCUCAACCUUGCUUCCUUCAUCGUCUCUGCAAUGUCUUCCACUCCACAUCUUUUUCUCAUUUCUUCAUUCCAUAAUGUUUCUCUGACUGGUUCUCCUUCAUCUUUUCUUAUUACAUGUCCAUACCAUCCCAACUCUGCUUUCUUCAUCAUCUCUGCAAUGUCAGACUGCGAAACCACUAGGAUCCAUCCCGUUUUCUAAAGUCCACGGCCUUUUUGUUUCAGGUGCGGGCAAGACAACAACGUUUGGAAUGUUGACAGGAGAGUUUCCAAUCUCAGCCGGAACAGCUUACCUUGAUGGCUACAAUAUCCAGUCUCAGUUACGAGAGGUGAAUACGAUGUCGCCUGAAAUCAUAAACGGCUGUUGAAAUUUUCUUUCGAUAUCUCCCACCGAAACAAAAUGUUAUUAAUCCUCAUCAACACUUGUUCUUUUUCUUAAUUUAGGUGCAACAACGUAUUGGAUACUGUCCUCAGGUAAUUUAUCUGUUGAUCCUGCUGCGUGUUCUAAGUUAUUAACGACUAGUUUGUAACAAGUUGUUAUCAUGUUGUAACAAGCCUAAUGGCCGUAUCAAAGUUGUUACAAAGCUUUCAACCGGGUGUCCUCCAAAAAACUGGACACUGUUUGAUUUCAUGUAACGUAAAAGCUAUAAAAGAUAUCGCAAUGAAAUAAAGAUUAUUGCAUUCAGAAAGGACUAACUUAGAUUUUGAUAUAUAGCAUUUGAAUUUACAUGCAAUAUUGACUGCGCUAUUUAUGUUUGAACGUUGAACUACUGUUUUUGAAACAAGCUUAUAAUAACCGAUGUAGUUAUACUUGUUAAAUAAUAAAUAUUUUUAUUUUGGUUUAAUCUCGCUCAAUAUUGCAUGCAUGUAGAUUCAAGUGUUAUAUAUGAAAGUUGAACGCACCCUUCUCACCAUGGAUAAUAAAAUAAAUGGAUAGGAAACUAGCUGACGUGACCUAAUGUUUUUACUGGGAUUGAUGGCGUGGUUGGAUGCCUCAACCUAGUUGAAAAUCAAAUUCUCAAAAACCGGGCAUGUUUAGCAAGAAUACAGCUAAACAUUUUAGUCAAAGAGCAAAUAAAUGUAACCACGCCAUUCUACGAUGAAAACUCUAAGUAUUCCCAGUCAAUUUUAGCAAAUAUUUCAAGCACUAAACAGUGAAAAAUACAUCGCAAAUUUCGUUAAAAUUUGUGACGCCAAUUUCGUAGCUACAAAUGUAAAAAAAUAUAAAACAAAGACGAAAACAUUUACCUUCAAUACUUUGUCGUGGCUUAGGCAUGUUUUUAAAACAAUUAGACCAGUUUACGCUUCAAAAUCACCCUUUUAAAGUGGAAAAUAUAGCAAAACAACAAAUAUGCCGAGAACUUUGGUAACAUUCGCAAUACGCGUGACGUCACAUUUUUCAACAAGGAUGCAGUCAAUGACGUCAGAAGUUUCCAAUCUAUUUAUUUUAUUAUCCAUGAUCUCACCAAGCUGUUAACUGCAUAUUGCAGGAAUAUUGCUGAGAUGAAAUGCACAUACUCUAACUGCAUUGAUGAAUAAUUUCCUAUCUAAAUGAACUGUCACCUUUGUAUAUUUGUGUAGUUUGAUGCUCUGAUUGGGAGCCUUACAGGCCGGGAAAUGCUUGAGAUGUAUGCUCACCUCCGAGGCAUUCCAUACGACAAGAUGGACGACCUUGUUCAACACACGAUUGAAAGCUUAAAUCUUGUAAACUGGGCCGACAAAAUGUGUGGAACAUACAGGUAGAGAAUCAUGCAUUAUUCCUCAAAUUUAUUAUCAAUUCAUUAACAAAACACAAAGAAAAUUAGCAGUGUAUAUCAUUGUUUUGACACCACUGUAAUGAGCAUUAGUGAAUUGACUUUCCCGUUGAAUAUCUCUAAAUUAUAUAUGAAUGUGUUUUGUGGGCCACUAGGGAGAAUGAGGCCCACCAGUUUUGAGGACCACUAGGGAGAAUACGUUACUGUAAUUGGUGUUACCCUCGUUAAAUAAAGUUUAUUGUAUUAAUAUAGUGGCGGGAACAAAAGGAAACUGAGUACAGCUAUUGCUCUUGUCGGAAACCCACCUAUCGUGUUCCUUGUGAGUAUAUGGUUUACCUUAAUUUUGAAAGGGAGGCCCCCUUGGUUUUGAAAAGGGGUCCCCUUCAUUUUGAAACGGGCUUGAUGUGCUUGAAAGCUCAUGUUGUAAGGAAUCUUGUGGUUGCUUCUCUCCUGUCUCUCCUGUGCUUUGAGGGUUUUCCUUCGGGUAAAGUGGUUUUCCCUCGCCAAAAACUAACCGUUCAGUCUUAGUUGUGAUGGGUCGUAUGGUUGUAGUCAGUGGCGUCGUAGUAAACUUGGUCACAUUUGAGCUUUGUCUUUCGUAGUUCAGCGCUCAGCGACAAGAAAAGUGAUCAGCGCCCCUGCCUUUACUAAUAAUGUUAUCUCCUGUGUAGGACGAGCCCACAACAGGUAUGGAUCCUGGAGCCAGACGUUUCCUGUGGAAUUACUUGACGUCUGUUAUCCGUGCUGGAAGAUCUAUCGUUCUCACUUCUCACAGGUAAUAACCUGCGUGAUCAUGUGUUGAUGGUGAUGACAGAUGAUGAUGUGGUGAUGAGGAUGACAGAUGAUGGUGGUGGUGAUGACAGAUGAUGGUGGUGAUGAUGAUGUGGUCAUGGUGAUGACAGAUGAUGGUGGUGGUGGUGAUGGUGAUGACAGAUGAUCGUAGUGGUAAUGAUAGUGAUGACAGAUGAUGGUGGUGAUGAUGGUGGUGGUGGUGAUGACAGAUGAUGGUGGUGGUGGUGAUGACAGAUGAUGGUAGUGGUAAUGAUGGUGAUGACAGAUGAUGGUGGUGAUGAUGGUGGUGGUGGUGAUGACAGAUGAUGGUGGUGGUGAUGGUGGUGGUAAUGAUGGGGAUGACAGAUGAUGGUGGUGGUGAUGACAGAUGAUGGUGGUGAUGAUGAUGUGGUCAU